AUGCAUAAAUAGGCUAAAAUACUGUAACUCAUUCAAUUUUAGCUAUAAUUAUAGGAUCCUUUAAACCUAGUCAGCGAAAAUCAAUAUUUAUCAUCUCAGAAAUAAAUUGUGGAAGCAACUUCAACGUUUGGCUGCUCGACAUGCCAAUUUUUCAUAAAAUUUGUUACUUUCUUGGUUGACAACGAUUUUCAAAGAAUCUUCAACAAAAAUCUAUUUAACUUGCUGUGCAGUAGCUUUACUCAAUUCUAAGGGUCAACUUGCAAGGGUUUAGUUGAGUAUUUCUCUGAUGUCUCGUUUGAUAAUUUAUUUGCUGGUGCUCUUGCUCCGGAUAAUGUCUGUCAACAAUUGUUAAAUUCAUGCCCUAAAACACUAUAUACUUCUAAAACAGAGGGAGUUACUAAGUUUAAAAAUAGUAUUCUGGCUGAUAAGCCAGCAUCAUUGGUGAACGAUACAUUUUUAGAUGACUUGUAUACUAGCGUUAAUGGUUAGACAAGAACAACAAUCAAGAUCCUUCAUCUUACAGAUCUUCAUCUUGAUCUAGAGUACACUGUUGGAGCAGUAAAUGAAUGUCAAAGAGUGAUAUGUUGUCGCAAGGCAUAUGGUAUGGCCGAAAGUGAUAGCAGAAAAGCAGGCCUAUUCGGGGAUUAUCAAUGUAAUUCUCCUAAGAAUCUAAUUUAAAAUAUGGCUGAUUACAUUAACAAUGUCAUUAAGCCUGAUGUAAUAUUAUGGACUGGCGAUAACACUCCUCACACUGAGGAAGAUGGGCAAUCAUACACAGAAAAGAAGAUGUACUUAGAUUGGUUGACUGACUUCUUGAAAAGGAACUUCACAUCGAUACCAGUCUACCCAAUUUUAGGAAAUCACGAUAUGACUACUUCAUUUGUUGAAUACUUUGAUAAACCUGAUGUGAUUUACAGCUAUCUAAGUAAUUCAUGGAAUCAAUGGCUAGAUUCAAAUGCUCUCCAGGAAUAUUCACAGAAAGGAUACUACAAGUAAAAUCUAAAACUCAAGAAUGGAACUAUAGCUAGUAAUGUUUAUAUCAUCGCUCUGAAUACCUAGGCAGCUUAUGUGUACAAUCCAGUUCUAUUUCGAAGAAUUAACGAUCCAGGCAAAUAACUUGAUUGGCUUAACAAAACUCUUCAUAAUUUAGAGACUAAUAACUAAGUAGCUAUCAUCAUAGGGCACAUUGCUCCAAUGGAUUAAGAUUUUUCUUAUUCAUGGGGUAUUCGCUUAAAAGUAUUAACUGAUAGGUUUCAGCAUAUCAUUAGAUUUAGUGCUUUUGGGCAUCUUCAUGAUGAGGUAACGAAUAUAGCUAGAUCCUUUGAUAAGAAUAAACCAGUCGGAGUGUAGUAUCUUACUGGAUCACUUACACCUUACAAAUAUAGAUUGCCUUCAUUCAGAGUGUUUGAAAUAGACGAUAAACUCAUGAUUCCCUUGCAGGUGAAGACACAUUCAUUCGACAUUAAGGGGACUAAUCCAGUUUGGAAACUAGAUCAUGAAUUGAAGCAAUACUUUCAAAUGAAUGAUCUCAGUCCUUCAAGUUUUGAAAAUCUUGCUUAGAGAAUCAGCACUGAUGAGACUUUAGCCAAGAAAUAUCAAUGGAAUAAAUCAGUAAAAGGUCCAGGGAGAUAUAUUGCUGUCUGCGAUGAAGCAUGCAGAUUGAAGAUCUCUUGUGAAAUCAAGCAUAGUGUGUUUUAUGAUAUUCUGGGGUGUCAAAACAAACCAAUAUCUUCUAGCUUUUUUGGAAAACUUGAUUUUCUUUAUAAUCCUUGGUACGAUAAAUGA